UGCCGAACGUACCCAGAGGAGUUUUCUAGGUCAGGAGCAGAGCGGCGACGGCGGCAGGACGAUCAGCCGCACUGGCUUGCCGAGAUGGAGGCGUGUUCGGAGACGACGGAGGAAGCGGGAACCGAGAUGGCCAGGGGGAGUAGGAGAACGUCGAGGAAGAUGACAAAGACGGAGUAUCCAUCGGUGCUGGAUGCGAUGGAUGCCGCGAUGAAUCAGGUACUAGAGGAGCAAAUGGAGGGGCUGGUGGCGAGGUGGAACGCCGAGAACCCCGACGCGACGCCACUCGUGGUGGAAGCGCUCACGGAGGAGCAGCGAGAGUGGCUGGAGCGAGAGCAUUUGGCCAGGGAGGUGCUGAUUGGUCAGGCGUACGUGGAUAAGAUGGCGGCGGAAGACAUGGCAAGACUGGAGUUGGAGAAAACUAAACCGAAGAAGGAUCCCGACGAGCGGUCUUACCAAUAUUACCGAGAGAACUGGGAGUGGAAAUAUGCCGAAGAGUUCGGCUCCUUCGAGGCCACGACUCGGAUCCCAGCCAUGUGUUUCACGGACAAGCCGACGAAGCCUGGUGUUACUAACCCCGAGCGUAGUAUGCAGAUCUUUUCAGUUAAAGUUGAGGAAAUAUAUGGGGAUUUACAUUGGCCGCUGGAUGUGUUUGGUAUCGUUGCUGUGAGGGAUGACCUGGAUCACCGUCGCAAUAUUAUCUUUGAGCGCAAAAGGGAUAACUGUCAAACUCUCAAUGAGGAGGAUCCAUAUUUAGUAUUAACAGGUCCUACCCGUGCUCCCUUGACUCUGUUUGGGCCUAUGCAUUUCGAUAUCACGCUGAAAGUGAAGCGCAGCAAUGAGUUAGAGGACAAAGAUCUAAGCCUGCUAGGCUUUCGCUACGAGUGCUGCAAGUCAAUCAAUUAUCAAGCGAGUAAGGGAGAGCACGCCCUCAGAUCAUGCGUGAGCAGCCAAAAACAUAGAAGCAAGCUGAGCACAUUGGAGCUGACAUGUGGCAUUGUAGUCUCAUCCAUUGAGGCCACAAUCAGUGUGCGUAUUGUUGGCGGGUCCUGGCCAGAUGGAUUCAGCGGGCUGUUCAUUGCCUCGACUGCUAGCGUCAGUCACAUGAGGGUGUUACUGCUCAAUAUUGGAGAUAAGGAUACGCCUGUUGUUGCUGCUGAUGGCACCAUUGAGCUGUCACGACACGUGGUUUCUGUUGAAAGCUUUGGGGAGCUGAGAGUGCAUGCAGCAGGUUGGCUAGGCAGCCAGCAGGUUGACCGUGAGGUGUUCUUUCAACCAUUAGAAUCUGGUAGAAGCUCUCGUUCGCUUAAGGUUGGCUCGUGUGAAAUGGAAGUUACCGUUGGCUGGUGCCUUUUUCCGUUAUGUUAUCCCACUGACGGUAUUCCUUCACCCAAGAAUGGGUGAGGCGGAUAGUAGCUGCUGUCUAACUAUAAUAACUUGGCCACAGUUCUUUAAUGAACUUUUGUGUGAGGCUGGUGCUAGCAGGAACUUGUCUGACCUAUGCGAUAUGUUUUAUGUAGUGCGAUAUAUUAUGUACUAUAUAUGGUUGUUGCUUCUGAAA